GUGUAAUUGAAUAUAAACUGAGACGUGGACACAGGCCGAUCAGUUAACUAAUUGUCUAUCAGUUAUACAGAUCGAAAUUGAAACAAUUUUGGAUAUACAAGAAGGGAAUACAGAAGUAUCUUACUAUGCGUGUGGUAAUAGGUCUACUGUGCGUUGGUUUGGUGCACUUUGCCAACGCGCAGAGCGAUAUUAGUAGUUUCGGAAUCUUCGGCACCAACGGCGGGGGAACAAAUUUAUCACCGAGCGCAUCAUCGCCUAAUAGUUUUGGAAGCAAUGGUGCUCAACAGCAAUCAAACGUUGUGGGCGGAAUCAUGCCCACAAGUAACACGCAGGGCAUGGGGAACUUUGGCGCGCAGUCAUCGAUGAGUACACAGCAGGGAAUGGGCAUGAAUCAAAUGUCGAAUCAAAUGAACCAAGGUAGUAACCAAAUGGGAAACCAGAUGAAUCAAGGUAUGAACCAAAUGGGAAACCAAAUGGGAAAUCAAAUGGGAAACCAAAUGGGAAACCAGAUGAACCAAGGAAUGAACGGCAUGCAGAUGUCCAAUACAAACAAUAUGAUGCAGCAAGGUCAGUUUCAGGACCCCACCACCAUGGGAAACUUCAACCGCGGCUCCUUCAACCAAAUGGGAUUCAAUCCUCAGACACAGGGCAAUCUUUUCCAAGACCAACUCGCGAACCAAAACAAUCAGGGCUUCCAGCAAUCGAAUCAAUUCGGAUCGUCUCAAAUGCAAUUCGGUGGCAUGCCGGGCAUGACGCAGUUCGGCCAGAUGCCCCAGUUUGGAAUGGCGCAGCAGAGAUUUGCCUCUCCCUUCCUCGGUCAGCCGACCAUGUUCGGCCCGUUUAACGAUCCUAGGAUGAACGCGUUUGCUCCUGUUAACCCGAUGCUGAUGCCCAGGCCAAUGAUGCCUCCGGGACUCCCUGGAAUGUUCGGACCAAUGCCAGGAAUGCCAGGAAUGCCCGGAUUGCAAAUGAGCAACACUAUCUUCGACGCCAACGGCAUCCCAGUCGGAUCUGUAGGCGGUGUAUUCUCCCAGACUGGAUCCCCUUCUCAGAGUGGAAACUCACAGACGGUCACCGGAUUCGGUUUACCUUCGACCGGUACCAACGCUUUCCCCGGCGUCCCUGGUGCCUUUGGAUCCCAGUCCGGCAGCAUAGGUCAAGGGGGCGGUUUCUCUCAGAACGGCAUGAUGCAACAGCCACAAAUGUUUGGGGUCGGAUUGCCGCCGAUGAGACCACAAAUGGGUAAGAAGAAGAAGUAAAUCGCGGGCCGGACAUUGGCCCUCAUAGCGCCGGAAUCUGAACACUUUUUUCGUGAUCGUAGAUUAUAUACAUUGUGUUCUCAUCGGCGCGUGUUUUCAUUCUGGUCAUAAUAUGUUAUUGACCAUAGUCUGUGGUCGACAUUGUGUUUUAUUAGGAUUGUUAUUUAUUGUUGUAAAAUUAUGAUUGAUCUGUGUUACAAGUGCAUGAAAUCCAGUAUUAAAACUGAACUAUAUAUGUAAUUAAAUGAAAAAACAAAUGUAUUUGUAUUAAAAUGCAACUUUUAACAAUAUAAUUUAUUAAAAUAUAUAAACGACUA